GAUUAAAUUCAGUGUCGUUGAAACCUCAGUUGAUUAAAUUCAGUGUCAAAAUGGAAGAAGCUCUCGCAAAUCAACAAACUGCUUGCUAUUCAGUUGCUCGAGCUCUCGACAAUUUUAAGAAGAUCGGUCGGUCAAAUCUGACGGCCGCCAAAAUUCGCUCGCGAAUGACGAGCUUACAAGACACGUGGACACAAUGUGUACGCAAUCACGCGACACUGCUGCAGCUUGUUCCUGACGAGAAGCAAGUUUCAAUUCACUACUUCAAAAAGGAGACCUUCGCCUUCCACGAGGACCUCUAUCAGGCAGCUAUGGACUACAUGAACGAGUGCUUGGAGGAGCUGGUUCCAGUCGUAAGUCGUGAAACCUCUUUCAACGCUUCGUUCGCGCAUACAGACUCUGCGUCAUUAUCGGUCAAACAUCUUCCUCCCAUCAAAUUGCCGCCGUUCACCGGUAAGAUUGAGGAGUGGGAGACUUUUCGCGAUCGGUUUCAAUCGCUUAUUAUAGACAAUCGCGAAUUAUCGAACUUCAGUCGCAUGCAUUUUUUAGUGUCAAGUUUAACAGGCUCAGCUCGCGAUGCGAUAUCAGGUAUUAAAGUCACCGCGGAUAACUUCUCGGUUGCGUGGAAAGCAUUAACAGCGCGUUUUGAAAAUAAGCGCCGAUUAAUUGAGACUCACAUUUCGAAUUUGUAUAAUCUUCCGAAAAUGACUCGUGAGUCAGCUGUCGAGCUUCACGCCUUACGCGAUAAAGCCGAACAAGCGAUCUCAACAUUGCAACGUCUUAAUCGUUCGCCGGACGAUAUAGUCAGCGACAUGUUAGUUUAUUUUCUCUCUCAGAAGUUCGAUCCCGCCACGCGCCGUGCGUGGAAGUUAAAAACGAGCGAUAUCGAAAAUCCGCCAACAUACAAAGAAGUAUUAAAAUUUAUUUCGUCGCGUGCUCUCGCGUUAGAGGAACUUCACCCUCGCGAUAACGACAAGACCAAGUCACAUGCGAAAGUGACUAGCGCAACAGCGACUGCGUCAUCUAAUAUAGUGUGUUCAAUGUGCAAGCAAUCGCACAUUCUCUCAAAAUGUCCGCAAUUUGUAGCAAAGAGUCCGAUUCAGCGACGCGAAUUGGUUAAGAAAUUUCGACGAUGUUUUAAUUGUUUGAGUGAUAAACACAUGUCGAUCAAUUGUCAAAGUAAUUUCACAUGUCGAACAUGUAAUAAACGACAUCAUUCUAUGAUUCAUCUCGAUUCGGACUCAUUGCAACAAGUUACAAAUGCGAACAAUACGUCAAACGCGAAUGACGUCAUCGACAACGUGCCUAACGUUACGGCACUCUCAUCAGUUACAAUGACAACUGCGCCGACUCCUGUUGUCUUAUCUACUGCAAAGGUGAAUUUGCAGGCGCCUUCUGGACGCUCAUUGGUUGUCAGAGCCUUGAUUGACGGUGGAUCAGAGCUCACGUUUGUGACGGAGCGCGUUGCUCAAAUAUUACGUCUCAAGCGUAUACGAACGCUUACUUCAACGUCGGGAAUAAGCUGCGCUGACACCGGUACAUGCCGAUCUGCGGCUCUGAUUCACAUCACUCCUCGCAAAAAAUCGAAACCAAGGUUCACAACGGUUGCCUAUAUUAUGAAGGCAUUAACGAGGUAUGCUCCCAGAAACGCUUCGCAAUCGCAAGAUUGGAAACAUAUUUCCAAUCUGGAAUUGGCUGACGAUGAUCCUACCGGAUCAACACCGAUUGAUCUCAUAAUAGGAUCCGAUUUAUAUAAUCACGUACUCGUUCACGUACGUAACGGACCGCUCGGUCAACCAGGUGCAAUUGAAUCGCAUUUCGGAUGGAUCCUAUCCGGAACAACCUCUAUCCCGAAUCACGUGACACAACCCUCUCAUGUGGUAACUUCAACUCUCGUAAUUCCGCCUGUUGAGGAUGCGAGUCGCGUCGUGCAAUCAGCUCAGUUAAAUCAACGUUACAGUGUUGUCGCUCAUUGUUGUUCUCUCGAAAAUCAAUUGUCUAAAUUCUGGGAGGCAGAAGAAACACCUCAAUCAAUUGAAAUGUCCCCAGAUGACGAACAAUGCGAAGAACAUUUCAAACAAACGCAUUCGAGAACAUCGGAUGGGAGAUAUAUCGUGCGUCUGCCGUUUCGAAACGGCCCACCCAUCGAAAUCGGUGAAUCUCGCGAAAUAGCCGCGCGUCGGCUUUCGUCGUUACUUCGGAGAAUUAAUAAUCAACCUGCGAUUAAGCAGGAGUAUGCUGAAUUCAUGAGCGAAUACGCACAGUUGAAUCAUAUGAAAGUAAUCGCACCGGUGGAUUCAGUAAAUUCACAAGUCGUGUACAUCCCUCAUCAUCCGGUCAUUCGAGAGACUAGUUCGACAACUCGGUUGAGAGUCGUAUUUGACGCCUCAUGCACAACCUCUAACGGUACCUCGCUCAAUUCUCACAUGUUUACUGGGCCUAAACUACAGUUAGAUCUGCAAUCGGUUUUAUUACGUUGGCGACAGCACAAAUACGUUUACUCCGCAGACAUAGCGAAAAUGUAUAGACAAAUAUUGGUCGACUCGCGAGAUAGAGAUUAUCAACGCAUCCUAUGGAUAGAUGAAAAUUCGAAUAUUCAAGAACAUCAACUCCUUACGGUAACAUACGGUACGGCUUCCGCACCGUUUUUAGCUCUUCGAGUCAUUAAUCAGUUAAACGAUGAUGAAGGAAGCUCGUUUCCACUAGCAUCUGCGGUUUUAAGCGAGAACGUCUAUGUGGACGACGUGCUGUUUGGGGCCGAAGAUAUGCCUCUCCUUAAACAGACUCGAGAUCAAGUUUGCAAAUUGUUGAAACGCGGUGGAUUCGAUCUUCGCAAAUGGGCGAGUAACAAACCGGAGUUGCUCUCAGAUAUUUCAUCGGAUCAUCACGGGCUCGCACAGCUUAAAUUAUUCGAGACUGACAACAAUCUGAAGGUUCUCGGUAUUUUUUGGAAUCCGACGCACGAUUGUUUCCAGUUUCAAAUUGAAUUACCACAGACUCUCCCUUCUACAAAACGAACGAUUCUCUCUACCAUAGCCAGAAUAUUCGAUCCACUUGGAUGGGUCACACCCGUGGUUCUCAAAGCGAAAGUUUUUAUGCAGAAAUUAUGGCGACACAAAGUAGGCUGGGACGACAAUCUCUCAGAAGAUCUCCUUUUACAAUGGAGCGUGAUUUAUAAAUCACUUCCUUACAUCAAAAGCAUAAAACUUAGUCGCUGGAUUGGAUGCGAUUCAGAUACCAAGAGCAUCGAGUUACACGGUUUCGCGGAUGCUUCCCAAGUAGCUUACGCCGCAGUAGUUUUUUGA